GAAAAUUUUGCCACCAUCUUUGUGAAUCAUAGGGCAGUGUUUAUGAGUUAUAUGGGAGUGACAAUGCUUUGUUCUGUGAUGAAAUAAAUAACGACAUCUUGAGCGCUGAGGUACUGAGGGCUCUUGAAAGAUGUUUAGUUAACAAAAAUGGCAAUUACUUGAAUAUAAUUUGGAAAAGCAAUCGUUGUUUUGGUCAUUGAGGGUACCCAUUUCUCCGGAGUCUGUGAUAUAUCUUAGUUGUGUUGGGCCUCAGAAAAUUAGCUGAAAUGGAAUUAUACAUUGAAACAUUAACAGGAACCUUCUUUGAGCUGCGAGUGUCACCAUUUGAAACGAUUAUGUCUGUAAAGGCAAAGAUUCAAAGACUUGAAGGAAUUCCAAUAGGACAGCAGCAUUUAAUAUGGCAGUCCAUUGAGCUUGAGGAUGAUUACUGUCUUCAUGACUACAGCAUUCAUGAUGGUGCAACCUUAAAAUUGGUCUUAGCCAUGCGUGGGGGUCCAAUUAAUACCCGGAGAAUUCCUAUGGAAGAUCCUACCCUCAGGGAAAUGGCAGAAUAUGUUGAGGCAAACCGAGAUGAAAUUUGGGAGAAAAUUCCUGGCAACCGGCAGGUCACAUUACUGGUUUUCAGAGAAGGGGACCAGUUGAACUUUUUCCGAGUGGUUGAUCGAGGGGAUGGUACACUUACUCCCCUCUCCGAAUCCUUGAGUGGAGCCUCCAUGUACAACUUUGACGACCAAGAGGAGGAAGAAGAGGCUCCUCCAAAGGAGAAACUGGAGGAGAAUGAACAACUCAAGGAAAAGAUGAAGCAGCUGCGUGGGAAAAUGGAGAAACUGACUCUCACCAAAAAGCCCAAGAAAAAAGUUCCCCGUCCACCAUCUUCAGAACAUUCCAGCUGUAGCCGCGGUGCUAGACGUCGACAGAUCCCGGGCUCCGGGAGGACUCUAACUCACAACCUCAACAGAAACCUGUGUCUGCCACCGGUUGGCCAUCAUUCAUCCUACUCGCCGGAGGAGCAGCCAGCAGCCAUUGAAAUCAGCAACAAGGAUGAAAUGAUCUCUGGUGGUGUUAUGAGUCAGAACAUGGCUGCUAGCCUCAACCAUAACCUAGGAAGUGGUCUGUUAAAUUAUAACGAACUUGAAACUACUUCUGAUCACAAUACAAGCCAUAGUGCCAAAUCAGCCCGAAGUCGAAGUCGCCAGAUGAUGGUGGAGAAUACCGAACUCAGUGCAAGCCGACUAGGUAUUUUGUCCAGUGUUAAGGAGGACAGUGCUAUUGUACAUGAAUCUGAACUGGCUGCCGAGUGGAGGGAGGGAAUGAAGAUGACUAAGGGAGAGGAUAGUGAGAAUGUUAAAACUGAUUUACUUGGUUCAAAUACAUGUACCCCAUCCUCCAAGUUGAGAGACUUGCAUAGACUAAGCAGUUUACAGGACACUGUCACCAAAAAGAAAGAUGUAACUCUGGAAAACUACAAGGAUACUCUUCAGCCUCCUUCUACUUCCAAAUCGAAACAAAAAAUGAAAGGAGAUCUCACAAUAGAAAACCUAAAGGAAGUCCUGGGUCGUCCCCCGACAACCUCCAAGGACGUGACCUUGGAGAGUCUCCAAGAAUCCUUGGGGAGACCCACCACCUCAUCUCGCUUCAAGGGCUUGGACCGAAGAAAGGAGUUCACCCUGGAAAGCCUGAGCACGAGCGAGGCUCGUGCUAUGUCGGGACUAUUGAGACAAGCAUCCUUGGAAAAAAUAGGAUCUUCUCGUAUUGGCAACUUUGCGCCCAGUGGUAGUAAAUCACGCUUAGGAAAUUAUGCUCUCGGGAAUACGAGUCAGGAAGGAAGAAUUAUUUCUCCGGAGGAACGAUUAUUGUCUGCCCAUCUCCAGAGGGUAAAUAGUCGUGAUGGGAGAAUGCUGUCACCCUCUCACCGACUGCCCCCAGUCAAGUCCAAAAAGAAGGCUACCAAGCGGUGCUUUGUUUGUGGCAAGAAAACAGGCCUUGCUACUAGCUAUAUGUGCAGAUGUGGAAACAAUUUUUGUGCCUCGCAUAGGUAUGCCGAGUCUCACGAUUGCACGUUUGAUUAUAAAACGGAAGGACGCAAGCUGUUGGAACAAAGUAAUCCCGUUGUUAGUGCUCCUAAGUUACCCAAAAUCUAACUCAGGAACCUGGCGCUAGGAUAAUGGCUGUGAACUGUGUGUCUGGGUGUUUUUGUGUGUGCUCUUUGUCCAGAAGAAAACUGUGAAAUUCACAUGAUAUUCUGUGUAGAAUGUCAUUAGGAUUACUAUUUUACAUUAAUAUUGUUACUCUUUUUUUUUUAUAUAUAUGUAUAAGUAGUUGAAGUGCAUUUGAUUCCAUUUAACAUCAUAGUUUUAUUAUUUUUUUCUUGAGAUAUAUUCAUCAAAUUUACUGGUUGUAAUUUUUUUUUCAGUGCUAAGUUUAUUAGUUUUUGGGGUUUCUGCAUUUAUACAUUGCCUUAUAUGACUUUUUUAUAUGACUAAUGUAUUAAAAAUUCUGUAUUACUGGACCAAAGUUUGGACUGUCAGUUUCUGUAUAUUAAACAUACGUCUGUAUCUAGUGUAGAAUCUAUGGGCAAUGUUCCUAAUUGAAAUUAUGCAGUCAAUUCUGAACAACAAAACUAUUUCAUAUUGAUUACACAGGUUAACAAUGGCGGGUGCAUGAUUUAUCUGUAUUAUUUAAAGUCACACUUUUUUAGGCUGGUUCAUCUGAAUUAGCCUCACCUUUUGGUUCCACUGUCAAAUCUUAUUUUUGUUUGUUCAAUAUUUGUGAUUUUACUUUAUCGUAUGAGUAUUGAUUUGUAAAACUACUUCCCUUCUUGAUAAGGAAAAACAAGUUUUAUUUCUUAAGGUCUAGUCCAAUCCGAGAAUAUGAUGCUGAGUAAGUAAGGGAAUGCCUUUGUUUAUUGCACUCCAGAUUUGUGAUAAAAACAUUUCCGGAAGUCUUUCAUUUUGAUAGUUUUUGAGUGGGGGUGCCAUUUCCGUUUGAUUUUUGCUUAGAAUAUCUGUCUGCCUAUGUGUAACCUAAUCAUAGAGGGGUGCAUCCAGUUUGUUAGAUUUUUGCUCUCUGAAUCGUCUUGAAAUGCAAGCAUUGAGUAAAAAUGUUCAACUAUUCUAUGUAAACUAUAAUCUUCAUUAUACGAGCACUUGUUAAUGACAAUGACCUUUUGGUUUUCACUUCUGUUUUCAAAAGCAAGGAUUAUUCAUUAUUGCAUAUUUUUUUUCAAGUUUGGACAUAAGAUUCUACCAUUAUUUCAAGGUUUUUAUUUGACCAAAAUGAAUCCUUUGGCAACUAAAUGAGGAACAGGUUGUACAACCUAAAUAGAUAGAGCUGAGUACAGGGAUAAGUAUAUUACUUGGUCAAUUUCGACCUUGCACAUCAAAAGAAUUAAACAAGUUAAUUCUGUUUGAUCAUUUGAUGAUGCAGGGAUUAAAUGUUUGAUUAACCAAUCAAAUGAUACUAACCCAUCUCCCAGUAGCCCUAUUUCCUGUGUGGUCCUAAAUUGUCUCGUUUUACCCGAUUACCCUUUUUUCGAAGUGAACCUACAACGGUAAAACAUGUAGGUCUCAUGAAAAUAGACAUAGACUUCUUAGCAAAAUCAAAGUUCCGAGUCCAUAUCAAGAGUGGGGUUCUUUUCUGUUUCUUGUAGAGGGUAUCCACAUCUGUGAUAUACAUUAUGUUCUUAUUUGAAGUAUAACUUAAGCAUUCUUGAGUAUCUGAAAAGUAUGAAUUUCAAAAAAAUUAUUUUUUUUUCAUUUAGAUUUGAAAAUUUCUGUUUCCAUAUUUUUAUUCUGCUUUGUUCUACGUGGUAUACUCCACCCUUGAUCAGAUACUGAUUGUGGACUUUUUGAAAUGCAAGAAGUGUGCAACAGCACUCACCUUAAGUCUAUGUUUGUGAAGUGGUAACUAUUUUGACCAAGUUUACGAGUUGCCUUGAAAUGAUCGUAGAAUGUGAGAAACACAAAUACUCAAAACAUACAUUUCUUCUCUUUACAUUUUUAUUACACCACAUGUAAUCAUGGCAUACCUUGUUAUUUUGUAUCUCCUAAAUAAGGACUAGAAAUUUUGUUCGACCAGUUUUCUGUUGAUGGUAUGUAGCUACGGAGAAUGACGAUUUACUUCCCAUUUUACGGGAAGAAUUUUGUUAGCACCAAUGUUUAUUAAAUAACCAUUUAAUACAUGUUUGUUUGUUUGCAUAUAUUGUUAUAUGCAUUUGGUGUAUAUUGUGCACAGUUAAUGAGUGUGAAUAAUAAUGAAAAUAAUAAAAACUUUCAAAGAA